CACCAAUCAGUCAACGCCUCUAUAGUCGGUACCUCCCUACCGUAUCCUUUCGCGUGACCAUGAUGCUGAAAUUAGCAAGUGCCCUAUUGCUGCUGGCAUCGUCAGAGGCUUUUACGCCCCAGUCGUUAGUGGGACGCCGUCAAUCGGCGUUGUCGGUGGCGACGGAACCGCCCGCUUCGACGGCUGCCACUACCGGGGGCAAUACCGACUGGAGUCCUCGUUCGUGGAGAGAAAGAGAAGUUCAACAAGGACCAAACUACGAAGAUGAAGAAGAAUUGGAACAAGCCAUCGACACCAUAAAGAAGUUUUCUCCUUUGGUCUUUGCGGGUGAAGUUCGUUCCUUGCACGAGCAGUUGGCUCGUGCCUGUUCGGGGCAAGGCUUCUUGCUGAUGGGCGGCGACUGUGCCGAAGCGUUUAACGAAUUUAAUGUCGAUCACGUCCGUGACAGUUUCCGUGUCCUUUUGCAAAUGGCUCUGGUGUUAACCUUUGGUUCGGCCAUGCCAGUCAUCAAGGUCGGUCGCAUGGCUGGUCAGUUUGCCAAGCCUCGCAGUGAACCGGAUGAGGUCCGUGACGGUGUGGCGUUGCCUUCGUACCGUGGAGAUAUCAUCAACCGCGAAGAGUUCACACCGGAAGCCCGUCGCCACAAUCCCAAUAAUAUGGUCGAAGCGUACCACCAAUCGGCGCAGACAUUAAACAUUCUCCGUGCCUUUUCAACCGGAGGAUACGCUGAUAUGAGUAGGCUACACGCCUGGAAUUUGGACUUUGUUGAGACGACGGAUGAGGGUAGCCGCUACCGAAAGUUCGCGACCAAGGUUGACGAGUCGCUCCGUUUCAUGAAGGCCAUUGGUGUCGACACCAGCAGCCCCACCUUUACCAAAACCGAGUUUUACACGGCUCACGAAUGUCUUUUACUGCCGUACGAAGAAGCCCUGACCCGCAAGGACUCAACUACCGGACGCUACUACGAUUGCUCAGGCCAUAUGCUGUGGGUUGGAGAGCGCACUCGUCAAUUGGAUGGUGCCCACUUGGAAUUCGUACGCGGAAUUGGAAAUCCGCUGGGAGUCAAGAUUUCGGACAAGUGCACACCGGAAGAACUCAUCCGCAUCAUCGAUACUAUGAAUCCCCAAAAUAUUCCCGGGCGUCUGACGAUUGUCGUCCGCAUGGGGGCCGAGAAAGUUCGCAAGAAUCUUCCAGCCUUAAUCCGUGCCGUACAACGUGAGGGCAAGUCGGUCUUGUGGAUUUCCGACCCUGUUCACGGCAAUACUUACAAGACCGAUUCUGGUAUCAAGACGCGCAACUUUGACGCAAUCCGUGACGAGCUUCGUGCUUUCUUCGACGUGCACGACGAAAUGGGCAGCCAUCCCGGUGGCGUGCAUUUGGAAAUGACCGGAGAAGAUGUGACCGAGUGCACGGGAGGAAUUAGUGGCGUGUCUGAGGAUACUCUGAACGAUCGCUACCACACGUUUUGUGAUCCUCGCUUGAACGGAGCUCAAGCUUUGGAGCUGGCCUUUUUGAUUGCCGAGCGAAUGCGUCUGCGAACUGGACUACCACCGAUCGAGUAAAUUGUGUAAGGACUACAUAAACAGAAACUUACAAAGAAUUAGGAUUUGUGGAGCGAGA